CAGCAAGGAAGAAAGUGAAUGGUACUGUGGGAACUCUGGCCACUUAGCUGUUCAUUUCAUUCUCAUUGGUAUGGAGAUACCAGUUCAUCUGGAUUUACAUGUGAGCUGAGGUUUUUAUUGAGAGACCACAAGCAGAUCUUCCACCCUCAGAUCUCUGACUACAAAAGGACCAUGAAUGACAUCAAGACUAACCGAGAACUAUACCAGCAAUACACUGCCACGGACCCCAAGCUGCUGGCCCGCAUCUCCAGGCUGCUCAUCGUCUGCCAGAGUGAAGGCAUUUCUGUACCCAAGGGCAUCAGAAACAUCUUUGAGUUUACCUGGGAGGAGCUGAUCACUGACCCCAUGAUCCCUACCCCUUCUGAGAUCCUGGGCCUGGAGAUCAGCAUUGGAGCCCCGCCCGUGGUGCUUAUGGAACCGGCCCCUGUGCAGGCCCCUGUCCAGAACAAGCCACCCCUGCCAGUGCUACCGCUGCCGAUGCUGCCCGCUUCCACUGGGCCGGCCAAAUUCUCCACGCAUUCUCCUACCCACGGCCAACGGGGGCCAUCCAGCCAGGAGACCCUGCACAGAUUCCAGAGGCAGUCUAUCCACCUGCUGACCGAGCUCCUCACCCUGAAGAUGAAGGCCAUGCUGGAGUCCAUGUCCAAUUCUUCCACAAACAUCCCAGCCAUGGGAGUGAACUCACCUUACCAGCUUGUCUACGAGUCCUCUACUGGCUGGCUGAGCUUUUCCCUCUCAACCGGAAGGGAAGUCAAGAAGAAAACAGCUACAGGCAAACCCCCAAAUUUGGAAGAAGUAGUCUUGACAUCCCCACAACGAGGAGCGGGAACCUCUGCCUCUGAGGUUAUCGAGUUCAGCGACCCCUGCCCUGAAGCCCGGGAGAAGCUGCAGGAGAUGUGUCGCCUUAUAGAAGCCAAAAGGGUCUUGUGGAAAGGGAGGAAUAUCUUCUACCUGAUCUUACGCAACUACAGGGCAAAGAUGCCCCCUCAUCUAAUGUCUACCCCCAAAGGGGACACUCAGAUCCCAAGCUCCCACCAUCCGCACCCUCCAGGUGCUCAGACUUCCACUCCCACCCCUCACCAACCUCCUGCCCAUCAUCUUCACUUGGACCGGCAUUUUCAGGAAUGGAAGGCACCCAAGAAGGCCAUCAAGUUGCAUUACACCUUCUAUGAUGGGUCCUUCUUCGUUUACUAUCCCUCUGGACACAUCGCCGUGUGUCAGAUCCCCAUGUGCUGCAGAGGGAGAGCCAUCACCUGCCUCUAUGACACACCCAGCUUCUCCUUCCUGGCCGUGUUCAAUGCUGAAGGCCAGGGCUGCAUUCACUACAACCUGAAGGCCUGCUGCCCAUACGUCUUGGUGUUGGAUGAGGAAGGUGGGACCACCAACGACUACAAGGGCUACGUAGUCCACAAGUGGAGCUGGACCUCCAAGACGGAGACUUUGCUCUCUCUGGAAUACAAGGUGAAUGAGCAAAUGAAGCUGAUGGUGCUAGGACAGGAUUCUAUCAUGGCCACCUUUACCUCCCUGAAUGAGACAGUAACACUCCCCAUAUCGGCCAACAGCUGUCCGCAUGGGACAUCGCACAAUAAACGGAUGACCCGCAGAAUCAGCAGCAUGGAUGAAAAGAUGUCUGAGAUGAGUCGGGCCCUGGCAGAGAUCAAGAGGCGGUUUCAGAAGACAGUGUCCCAGUUCAUGAACUCCGUCCUGCUGGCGGCAGGCUUGUUCACCGUAGAAUAUCCGGUAAAGGAAGAGGCAGAAAUCAUUCAGACCAGAUUAAGGUCCGGGCCCUAUCCUGAGCACGCCACCAAGCUGAGUUUAUACUCAGGAGAAAUCCUUUCAUUACGAUCUCAGUCAGCCCGACCCGAAUCCUCAAUUGGAGAGUCUUCGAAGGAGGAGCCUGUGUUGGCUCCUGUGAUCACCACUCGGAAGAAGCCCAUCAAGGUCCAGGCCAAGGCCACGGUCACACCCAGUUGCAGCAUGCGGGAUCUUUAGUUGCGGCAUGUGUUCCCUAACCAGGGAUCAAACCUUAGCCCUCUGAGUUGGGUGUGUGGAGUCGUAGCCAUUGGACCACCAGGUAGAGAAACUGAGGCUGGAAGGUUCAGUCACCUGCUCCAGGUACACAGCCAGCACAGCCAAGACUUCAACGGAGACAGCUGACCUCAGACCCCACCGUGUGCUCGCGGUGUGGUCACGCCUUUGCCCUCGGAGUUGAACUCCACGUUGACAUCCAUCCGAUGGGUAUGAAGUCCCUGCCCCGCCCUGCCCUCAGAAUGGUGGUGAGACUUGGAGGAUGUCACCUGUACAGUGCCACACCCACGAGGGGCUGGUAAGAAAGGGCCUCAGCCAGGCCUGACCUCAGAAGGGUUAACAUGGCCUCUUUGUCCCAUGGUUGCCAUGGGGACAGUUCCUGUCCUUCAGGAAGCAGGGAGAGCAGUUUCCUGUUUUGAAGAAGGCUCGAGGGCUGUUUUCCUCCAAUCAGCCUGCCCAAAGAGGGACAGGAAGCCUAGCGCCGGGCCACCCCUAAUGCUGGGUGUGUGGUGGAGCCAUGCCCACGCCCAGCGAGCCAGGAGGGGCCGUUGUGGAAAUGCGGCCUCAGGAAAAAGCCAAACGGGCAGCAGAAGGAAAAAAAAUGGCUGGCCGGAAGAGGGCGGUCACUUCCUCCACAGACCCUGGAUCCCACCCAGUGGUGAUAAAAACUCCGAGUGGCCCUGCCCAGCCUCAGACUCCCCUCCCCCAGAGCUCAGCGCUUCCUUGGGGAGUCAAAGGCCUGCUGCACAAAGGCUUUUGGGGCCCCUGCCUGUCCCUCUCACCCAUCCCUGCACACCGGACACAUCAGCCUAACUGGGCUACUGACCCCCAGUUCCCACUCCCACCCGCUGUGUGGCAGGCCCUUUCCUGCUCCCCUCUGCUUGUGUGAUUUUUUUCCAGGGUGCAGAGCAAAGCUUGCCUCCUCCUGGAAGCCUUCCUAGCAUGCGUUUGAGCCCUGCGAUCGUGGGUCAGGAACAUUCAUAAAUUUAGGCCUAAUCUCUCUUGGGGUCCCUGCCCCAGCCUCCUUGGGCCAUCCUACCUCCGGACUUGUCCCUCUGGCUCCCCUCCCACUCCGGCUACAACACGGGUCUGGCCGUGUCACUCCCUCCCCCAGAAACACUCUAAGGCUCCCCAUCACCAGCAAGGUAAAGUCCAAACUCUUUGGCCAGCCAUUGGAGAGCUUGUCCAGAGCACACUUCUCACCUUGCCCCAAUCCUGCCCUCCUCUUCCAUCCCCACGGGCUGUACCCUCACCUUGAACAGCAACCCUACCCCUCCACCUGUAAAUGACACUUUAAAGCCCAGCCCAAUGAGCCCAUUCAAUCUUCUGCCUUCACCCCUAGCUCUACUGUGUCACUGUUAGCUGACCCAGGCCCGUUUCUCAGACCAAGCCAUGAGCUCUUCAAGGACAGGAAAGGGAAGAGAGAGGGGAAAUAACAUCCUUUCAUCCUCACCAUGACCCCGAGAGAAAGGUCUCAUUGUUCCCAUUUUACAGAGGACAAAAUUGAGGUGCACAGUGGCAAAGUGUCCCUGCCCCCAAGGCCACAGAGCCAGUGACUGGUGAAACCCCCCGCCCAAGGCCACAGAGCCAGUGACUGGUGAAACCAGGGGCCUUCAGGAGCCCCGCUUCUCCCUCUGCUCGUGCCUGGCCCGGUGUGUGCAGUGGGGUGGGGGUGAGGGCCCGGUCUUUGGGGCACAGGAAGGGAGGGGCGGCCUUGCUAAGCCGAGUCCGCCCCGGCAGGUGUCUGGCUCAGAUCUGCCCACCCCUGGAGCCAGGAAGGCAACUCAAUUACUUUCCAGGGGGAGAUAAGCCCUGAAGCUGAUGAUGUCGCAGCCGUGGCGUUGUGGGGUGAGCAGUCCAAAAGCACAAAGAGGCUGCAGAGCCGGGGUCAUUUCCGUUUUCAUAACAUGCAUUUUAUCCCCGGAGACAAAAGGCAUAGAGCUGCUCCUCGUGGAAACCGGGAAACCAGGGGGACUCUGCUACAGAGAGGGAUGCGAAGGUAGCUGGCCUUGGGCCCCAGCUUUAUGGAAGCGCCCCCAUCUCAGCGGUAAACAAAACCCCGAUCGUUCCCCCACCCCGGGGCCAGGAAGCAGGGUCCAGACUGCCUCCCCGUGCUCCCGAGGGGCUCCCCUGUUGCCCCCUCUCACCCAUCCCAGUAUACAGAGGCUGCUCAGUAAAUGCUCUCUCCCAUCCCUCUCCUGCUCUGAUCGUGGGGUGUGCGUGGCCCAGUUCCCGGUGUACUUUGUUUGUAAGCAUUUAUUGAACACCAACUCUGUACUAGAUGUUUAAAUGAUAAUGAUCAUUUCUUGAGCGCCUCCUGUCUUCCCCUCUCCCCUCCUGGAUGCUUUAGAUCAUUCAUCUCAUUUAAUGAGCAGACACUAUUAUCAUAUCCUUGACAGGGCAGCAGCGUGUUGAGGUGGGUAAGAAAGCCAGCCCCAGAGCCAGGGUGGAAUCCCCACUGUUCACUAGCUAUGUAUCCCUGGGCGAAUGCCUCAGCCUCUCUGUGCCUUGGUAGCCUUGUCUGUAACACAGGGGUAAUAACAUUGCCUACUUCAGGGGCAGGAGGAGUUUGUUUGUUGGGAGGAGUAAAUGAGCUAAUAUAUGCAAAAGACUUAUUGAAUGCACCAAAUAAGCGCUCAGCAAAUACUAGCUACCAAUGGGGAAGCUGAGGCUGGGACCUGCCCUCCCGCCCAGGUCACACCCAGGUCAGUGUGGCUCCUGACCACUGCACUCUACCGCCUGUCUGGGAGGCUUGGCCGUGGAGCUCACAGAGCCUGGGCGCUGUUUCUGGAGAUCACAUCCAGCUUCGGUGCUGGCUCUGCACUUUGCCGAGGCUUCAGGCAGGCGGGAACAGGGAGCUGAAUUUCAGUGGUUUUGAUCUGAGGUGACUUAAGUUGUAUGCAGAGCUCCACAUCAUUCCGACUUGGGCCUGGAUCUCAGGGGGUGUGGAUCCCAGCGCUGGAAUCCCCUGACUUACCGUAGGAUCCCAGGCCAGUUAUUUUUCCCUCUGGACCUCAGUUUCCGUGUCUGUCAAGUGGGCAUAACACCUACCCUGGGUGGCUCACGUCUGCUGAGAGGAGCAAGUAAGAUGGUGAGUGAUUUGGAAAGCAUGAAAUCUAGGCAGACUUUGUGCCCAUCACAGAGAAAUCAGUGUAGCCUGGUAGUUAGGAACAUGUUCUCAGAGUGAAGGGGGGGUGAGUCCUGGCUGGGCUGGAAGGGCAAGUCACUUCCCCAGUCUGGGCCUCAGUUUUCCCAAGUGUGAAAUGGGGAGAUAAGAAACACUUUAUAGGGUUCUUGGGAAGAGUAUGUGUGUGAAAGGCUCAAACCCAGAGAGAUGAUGGGUCAUCACCCCCCACAUGGUUAUUGACCGCAUCCCUGAGCUCAGUGAGUGGUUAUAGCUCAGUUCCACAAGGACUAAGCAAGUCCAGCCACCAGUAUCAGCUCUGGAUGUUUGGAAAGCCCUCUGGUCUUUCCCAUCCAUUUUCUCGUAUUAGGAAAAGCAAACAAAGGAAUAAGCGUUUCAGCUUCAUGGCCCAUCACUCCACACCACCGUGUGGUUUCAGCUAAACAAGUUCAGACCUGGGUUUUUUUUCCCCAACUGCCCUUGGUGCUAUGAUCUUUUAAAGUAGACUUUGCUUAGCCUCAAAUCCCAAAUUCAACAGUCAUGGCAAGGUCUUAGCCAAGCACUGAGGUCCCUUCCUGCCCUCCCUGCUUCUUUCCACAGGCCCUACAGCAAAGGGUAAGCUGGCCGUUGAUUGAAUUAUCUGAGCCUCCCUCUCCUGCUCCUGCAUUGGGGGUCCUAGGUUCUUUGGGUUUUAUUGCUAAUUCCCGGAAAUGAUCUCAGCUCUUAAAACAUAUUUUCUUCUUGCAUCAAAUAUUGAAGUGAUUGAUCCACUCACUCAUUUGUACCCAUAUUCAAACGGACACCUCCCACCCUCUGUACCUCCACCUCCGUCACCUCCUCCAAGGCCACCAUCUCCACCACAUCCAUCAAAUCCAUAACCUCCAUCCACCUCGUCCUCCACCACCUCCGACUACCUCACGCCUUCUACCCUAACCGUGAUGUUCACAGCUACUUCUAUCCUGUCACCACCUCCCCCUCCCCCUCGUCCUUCACCUCCAACACGACCUUUCCUACCUCCUCCAUCACCUCCAUCAUCUUCUCCACCGCUUCCACGCAGGGAUCCAUAAAGUUUAUGAAGGGCCUAAGUAACACAAAUUCUGCCAUUGAUUUCCUAUUUCAGAGGCAAAAGGUUUUCCCCACAAAAGGCUGGACGCUUAAGGACCCUGUAGCGGUUCAGAGACGAAUAAGUCCUUUGAAAGGAUCAGAUUCAUUUCUGAAUUUGGAGAAACUGAGGUACACCCUAGGCCCUUGCCUGAAAUGCACAUAAUCUGAUUCUAUACUGUGGGCAUUAAAAGAUAAAAACAAGACAAAACCUACAAACUUGGUUAGGUAUAUGGAAGUGCUUGGUGAGUGUGAAAACAUAAGAUUUUUCAUAAUGACGGGAAACAAGAGUUUCACCUCCCCAGAGCCUUUCCACAUUAUCUAACUGAAAUGUAUUGAUUCCUGUCUUCAGUAUGUGUGCAUUGAACAUCCUCUGUGUCAGGCACCAACUGGCUCAUGAAACAAUUCAAAUCAGACCAUCAUACAAGUUUUAUAGUUUUAGUGAGCACCUAAUAUGCACCAGGAGUUCUGCUGGGUGCAGGCCCCCAGAUAUCCAGAAACCUACGCACCUUCCAAUAAUGUAUUAAUAAGGAGACAGAGGUCAGAGGAUUAAGUUCUCACCCCAGUGAGAACCUGGGGAAGUCUCUUCUCUACUUCUGUGGACUUUGGCAGCACAUCUGGUCAAAAAGUAAUGCGGUGAGUUAUCCAGGGCAGUGUUUCUCCAGAUGUAUAAACAGAUCACCUGGAGGUCUUGUUAAAAUGCAGGUUCUAGUUCAGUAGGGCUGGGGUGGGGCCUGGGAUUCUGCAUUCUUAAGAAGCCUCUGAGUGCUGCUGUUGCUGGGCUCCACAGACGAUGCUCAGAGAAGUGUUUCAUCUGUGCAAUGAAAACAUAUGGUUGUCUGGGACUGCCUGGACCAAACGCUGGACCGAAGGCAUCUAGGUUCAGGGAGGACAGCCAAGGCUGCGAAAUGCCUCAUGGCCAUUUGGAAUUCUGCCUCCUCACAAGCUCCCAGCACAGCUGGUCAAAGUCACAAAAAUUCUAGCCUCUGCCACCUUCAGUCCCAGAAAACCAAAGUGAUCCCAAACAAUAGUCUGAACCUCUGUCCCAGGCCUUUAUUUUUGUGGACAACACAUAUUUUUUGAAGACCUACUAAGUGCUGGGUUCUUUAUUAGAUGCCAGGGCUGCAGGGGUAAGCAGAGCAGACACAGCCCCUGCCCUGGAGUCAUCACCCUGGCAUGGGGCCAUUUCUGGGCCUUUCAUCCCCAAAUGAGGGACAGGAAGGGAUGGUGGUGGUGCGGGGGGAUAUGUUCCAUGUCCCCCCCGCCACCUACUCCCACGUAGUAGAUACAUUGGCUGAAUCGCCUGAAUGAAUUGAGAUGCCCCAGCCCCACACCCUCCCACAGAGUGCUGGGGUUGCUGUGCGCCUACACCCUGGCACGUAGUGGGCUCACAACCAAACUACUAAAUGACCAAGCCACACCUUGAGCUGGGUCCUGGAGAUGCAGACAUGGGACAGCCAGGGCAAGAACAGUCAGGAAAGCUCAUGUGAACUCUUAGUUUACUCGGUUUCCUCAAAUGUAAAAUGGGAAGAAUUUUGAUACCAGCUUCAUAAAGUCGUGGUGAGGCUUAAACGAGUAAAUAUGCAGGUACAGAGCUUAACACCUUGCCAGGCACACAGUAGGUGCUCUAUAAGUAUUGGCUGCCAGUUAUAGAUGAGAGACAUGACCCUUGCCCUCAGCUUUCAAUGGCUGAUGGAAGGAAGCCCUUGGUAUGGCUUUCAAAGCACGCCUCACCCCAACCUUCUGUGCCUCUUAUCAGAUGUUGCCACCCUUUAUCUCCCUGCCUUGCCAAACCCCUCAUGGCUCUUCCAUCAGGCCAUGCCUUUUCACACAUCUAAGUCUCUGCCCAAGCUACUCCCUCCAUCUGAAAGGCCUUUUUUUUUUUUUUUUCUGGAACCCUCUCCACUCAGGGGCCACCUCUUGAGUUCCCACAAGCUCCUGUCCCCAUCCCAGCACUUGUCCGGGGAAGCAGAACUGCCUAUGUUUGAGUGGCCAAUCCAACGGGUGCUCAAGGGUGAAGGCUUGAGUCAUCCAUGUCACCCAGCACCAGGCCUGGUCCCAGCGAGGUGCUGGCUGGUGAGCGCUGAGUGGACAAAGGCUCCUCAUCUACCAGGUCUCCCUUUCAAUGUCACCUCCUCAGGGAGACCUUCCUUGAUCACCUGUUCUCUACUCCAGAGGUUCUCAAACUAGCUUGCAUCGGAAGGACCUGAAGGAUUUGCUAAACACGGGAUUUCUGAUUCAGUUAAGUCUGGGGCGGGCCCUGAGAAUUUGCAUUUUUAAAAAUUACUCUGCCCCACGACCCUGGUUUAUCUCCCUCAAGGCACCCAUCACUCUCUGAAAUGAUGUUUAGUGCUUAUUUGUCUUGUGUCUCCACUGACAUCCCAUUUAAGCUCCACUAGGGCAAGAAUUUGGGGCUGUCUUGUUCUGCGCUCAGCACGGUGCUGGGCCCAGGACUGAAUGAACGCCCGAGGUUGAAAAUAAAGUGAUAGACGGUCCGCUGGGCGAAGGGACCAGGAAGUCCCCAGGAGCCCAACUCGCCAGCUUCA